AUGGUCAAUGGCUGAGAGAAGAGGACAGCAUGAAAGCUCAGAGGCUGGACUUGGUGGCCCUGCAACAGUCCCUGGGUAUCUUGCCCCCAGAGAUGGAGGGUUGGGUCUGGAAGUGUAGAGCAGAGACCAUCUCCCAGGCAAUGACCCUGAUUGAAGACUUGCUCCAGAGUGAUGUGGAGCAGACAUUACAGAGAAAGCAACAGGUUCAUGAGCCUUUCAUGGAGGUGGCCACCCAACCUAAAGCACCAGAGAAUGUGUCACAUCUCCUUCAAGAUCCGGUCUUAGGAGGGAUCUCUCAGGAAGACUCAUCUCAGAAGAUACGGUCAGAAAAUGAAACAAUUGCACCUGUACCAAUGGAAAGGUCUCCUUUUUAUGAUGAAGCAGAAACAACAGUUCUACUUCCAAUUCAGGUAGGAGGAAGAUUCCACCUCCCAAACUGCCACAUGGUUUAUUCAAAGAACAUGCAACUCUCUCCAGAGUGAUCUGAAUA